CCUCGCAGCUUUCCACCCAAUCCCCGCUCCCCGGUGGCCUGAAGGGAGCGGGCUGGUGCGGGUGUCGGCGGCGGCGGCGGCGGAAUGGGCGAAGGGCGCGGGUCACCAGCCUAGUUCAGCCCCCGUGAUCUGAAAACAGAAUUGUUGCAACAGGCUCCUGGAACUCCUAAACAACUCCUCUUGGUGUUCUGAUUUUUUACAAAUUGAAGGCAAGACCCACUACCAGCAAAAAGAUUACAACUCACUUUAUUGCAGUGGUCUGGAACCGAACCCCCACAAUAUCUCUGAGUUUUCCUACUGUGAUUGCAUCAUGGAAAAUCAAUUGGCUAAGUCAACUGAGGAACGAACAUUUCAGUACCAGGAUUCUCUUCCAUCACUGCCUGUUCCUUCACUUGAAGAAUCAUUAAAAAAAUACCUUGAAUCAGUAAAGCCAUUUGCAAAUGAAGAAGAAUAUAAGAAAACUGAAGAAAUUGUCAAAAAAUUUCAAAAUGGUAUUGGAGAAAAAUUGCACCAGAAAUUACUUGAAAGGGCAAAAGAAAAAAGAAAUUGGCUGGAAGAGUGGUGGCUGAAUGUUGCCUACCUGGAUGUCCGUAUACCAUCACAACUGAAUGUCAACUUUGGGGGUCCGGCACCCCAUAUGGAACACUACUGGCCUCCAAAGGAAGGCACGCAAUUGGAAAGAGGAAGCAUAAGUCUUUGGCAUAACUUGAACUACUGGCAACUGUUAAGAAAAGAAAAAUUGCCUGUUGAUAAAGUUGGAAAUACUCCUCUAGAUAUGAAUCAAUUCCGAAUGCUAUUUUCUACCUGUAAGAUUCCAGGAAUUUCUAGAGAUUCAAUUGUGAAUUAUUUUAGGACUGAGAGCGAAGGGUAUUCCCCAACUCACAUUGUAGUGCUGUGCCGAGGCCGCGUUUUUGUCUUUGAUGCAAUUCACGAAGGAUGUUUGAUCACCCCACCAGAGAUUCUCAGGCAACUGACAUACAUCCACAAGAAGUGCCAUAGCGAACCUGAUGGACCCGGGGUGGCAGCAUUAACUAGCGAGGAGCGAACUCGAUGGGCAAAGGCACGAGACUAUUUGAUUAAUCUUGAUCCAGAGAACUUGACUAGGUUGGAAAAAAUUCAGAGCAGUUUGCUGGUGUAUUCCUUAGAGGAUGACAGUCCACAUGUAACACCAGAAGAUUAUUCACAGGUAAUUGCAAUGGUCCUCACUGGAGAUCCAACAGUACGCUGGGGUGACAAAUCCUAUAACUUGAUUUCCUUUUCUAAUGGAGUAUUAGGCUGUAAUUGUGAUCAUGCUCCUUAUGAUGCAAUGGUUAUGGUAAGCAUCAGCUAUUAUGUUGAUGAGAAGAUUUUGGAGAAUGAAGGAAGAUGGAAGGGUUCAGAAAAAGCACGGGAUAUGCCACUUCCAGAGGAGCUUGUUUUCACUGUGGAUGAGAAAGUAUUAAGUGACAUCAAUCAAGCUAAAGCCCAGUAUCUCAAGCAGGCAUCUGAUCUGCAGGUUGUGGCAUAUCCCUUUACACAUUUUGGCAAAAAGCUAACCAAGAAGAAGAUGCUUCACCCUGAUGCAUUUAUUCAGCUUGCACUUCAGCUGGCCUAUUAUAGACUUCAUGGACGCCCUGGUUGCUGCUAUGAAACAGCCAUGACAAGACUUUUUUAUCAUGGCCGAACGGAGACGGUGCGAUCGUGUACAGUGGAAGCAGUCAGGUGGUGCCAGUGCAUGCAGGAUCCUGCGGCCAGUGCUCUUGAGAGGAAGCAAAUGAUGUUACAAGCUUUUGAAAAACAUAAUAAAAUGAUGAAAGAUUGUUCAACUGGAAAAGGAUUUGACCGUCAUCUUUUAGGCCUUUCACUCAUAGCAAGAGAGGAAGGUCUCCCUGUCCCAGAGCUCUUUACCGACCCACUCUUCUCCAGAAGUGGAGGAGGUGGAAACUUUGUUCUCUCGACAAGUCUGAUUGGUUACUUAAGGGUCCAGGGAGUGGUGGUGCCCAUGGUACACAGCGGCUACGGGGUGUUCUACCACAUCAGAGACGACAGGUUUGUGGUGGCCUGCUCAGCCUGGAAAUCCUGUGCGGAGACUGACGCGGAGAAGCUGGUUCAGCUGAUUUUCCACGCUUUCCAGGAUAUGAUGCAGCUGAUGAACUCCGCUCAUCUCUAGAGACUCACUGUGCACUAAGCACUUACCAGUUAGACCAUGUAAACUGGGUGCUGGGAGUGGGUUGCUGAGGGGAGGUAAGGAGGAGGGUCAACUUGAAGGAAAUGUAGAAAUUAAUAGAAUCAUGCUCUCUAAACCUAUACUGGCAUACAAAGUAGAAAUAUUUUUAAGCUUCCUCUGAUGCAGCAGCAAUGCAAAUUUUAAUAUAGUGAUUAUAGAACUAUGCACAGUUUAAGCCUCAACAAUGCAAUUCUACAAAAUUUAACAAUGCAACUCUAAUUUUAACUUUUAAAUAUUUUUAUUGAUACUUGUAAAGGUUAUAAAUUCCUUCUCUGAACAUCAUGGUAGAGCAGUGAUUUUCAACUUUUUUCAUUUCAUGGCACAUCAAAAAAUGUAUUUUUUGCCAAUAUGACCAAAAAAUAGGUAUAAUUUUGAUUCAUUCACCCUGGACAGCUAUUCUGUUUGCUGUUGUCACUUUUUUUUUUUUUUGGACAAUCUAAGGGAAAAGAGGUCAGUGUCCCUGACUAGUCACUUAUUAAAAAUGCCACGGCACACUGGUUGGAAAUCACUGUUAUAGAGUCUAUCUUUCAGGCACUUUAACAUUUUCUAAUUGCCAAAGGGUAUGAGAUACCUGGUUGGAUGCUAAUUUCCCUGAGAUCAGUGUCUUUCACAUUCACCACAGGGAUACAAGCUUACUAUAUUUGGGAAAGACCACUACAAGUUAAUGGUGAUUAACAAAAAUAGUUUCUGAUGACCUGGCCAGGGUGGCUCAGUUGAUUGGAGUGUCAUCCUGUGCACUGAAAAGCUGUGGGUUCAAUUCCUGGGCAGAGCGCAUACCUAGGUUGUGGGUUUGAUCCCUGAUCGGGACAUGUAUGCAAGGCAGCCGAUCGAUGUUCUCUCUCACAUCAAUAUUUCUCCCUAAUUCUCUCCCUUCCACCCUCUCCCUCUCUCUGAAAUCAAUGAGCAUAUCUCCUGAUGAGGAUUAAAAAAAAAGUUUCUGUUGAACAGAGAAAAAGUAAGUUGUAGUAGGGAGGUUUCUACCCUCUGACACUUAUUAAAAAAACCCUAACAAAAUUCAUUUUAGUGUAUAAAAUUAAAGCACUUAUAUUUAAAAUUAGGUAUCAGAAUUAAUGACUACAAGGAUUAAAUAUUGAAUCAGAUUCUCAGGAUUUUAGUGGUUGUUUUUUUUCCUCUUCUGUUCAAUUUUGUAGUUUCUAUCCUCAGAAAAUAAAACUCAAAAUCAUAUA